AUGUUACCCUGUGCGUCUCCCCAGCCCCCUGGGCCUGCUGCAGCCAUGGGGCAGUGCAGGGAGGAGUGUGUGGGGGGCUGUGAGUGUCCACAGGGCCUGUACCUUCACCAGGGAUUCUGUCUAAAAAGAGACGAUUGUCCUUGUUUCCAUCGCAGACGCACCUACCAGUCAGGAGACAGGAUACAGCAGAGAUGCAAAACCUGUGUGUGCAGAGCAGGCCAAUGGCAGUGUACUGGGGAGAAGUGCGCUGCCCAGUGCAGCCUGAUGGGGUCACUACAGGUGACCACCUUUGACAAAAAAAGGUAUUCACUAAAUGGAGGAGACUGUCCCUUCACUGCUGUUGAGGACUUUGUUGACAGGAAGCUAGUGGUGAGUGUGCGCUGUGGAGUGUGUUCAUCGGGAGAAGGAGGAGGCCUGGGUUGUCUUAGGGAGAUGUCAGUGACAGCCCUCCACACCACAGUCUCCAUCACAGACACUGGUACAGUAACGUUGAACGGCCACAGGGAGCUGUUACCUGUAGUAACAGGGGACCUGGUUGUGCACAGGGCUUCCUCUUCAUUUCUUCUCAUCCAGACUUUUGGAGCACAGCUACUCUGGCACCUAGAUGGACCUUUGGUCCUCAUCACCCUGCAACCUGGCUUCGCAAACAAGGUGCGUGGCCUGUGUGGAACACUGACAUGGAACCAGCAUGAUGACUUUACCACCCCAGAAGGAGACGUGGAGACCAGUGUGUCAUCAUUUGCAGGGAAAUUCACAACCGAGCACUGUACUCUACCGAAAGGAUCUCCACCUGACCCCUGCACCACAUACACCCAGAGGAGACAGUAUGCAGAGACAGUGUGCUCUGUCAUACACAGUCCUGUUUUUCAGGUGUGUCAUGACGUUGUGGAGAGGGAGCCCUAUUUCCGUCUCUGUCUGUCUGAGGUUUGUGGCUGUGUUCCACAAAAAGCCUGUCACUGCACCAUCCUCACUGCCUACACCCAACAAUGCGCUCAAGAGGGCGUAGCCAUCCACUGGCACAAUCAGACCUUCUGUCCGGUCCAGUGUUCAGGGGGUCAGGUGUACCAGGAAUGUGGUCGUGCCUGUGGAAACUCCUGUUCAGAGAGCUGGAGCUGCGAUAAUGGUGGAAUUGGUCUCAGGAUGUGUGUUCCAGGUUGCCAAUGCCCACCUGGACUAGUGCAGGACCACCAGGGCCAGUGUGUGCCCAUCACUAUGUGUCCCUGUGUGCAAAGAGACAAGAUGUACCUGCCUGGGUCUGUUACUCAGAACAACUGUAACACCUGUGUGUGUGAGCGGGGGCGGUUUAACUGCACACAGGAGCGCUGUGAGGAGGUGAACAAGUGUCCAGGCUCUCUGGUCUACUCUCCACGCUCCUGCCUCCUCACCUGUUCCAGCCUGGACCCUCCUGGCCAACAGCAGGGGUCCAAUGUUGCACAGUCAAGCUGCAGAGAGCCCCUGUCUGGCUGUGUCUGUCCCCAGGGAUUGGUGCUACUAGAUGAUCACUGUGUUCUGCCAGAUGAGUGCCCAUGUCACCAUAACGGUCGACUUUACUACAGCAACGACACCAUCACUAAAGACUGCAACACAUGUGUUUGUAAGGAGCGCCGCUGGCACUGCAGCCAGUCCGUCUGUGCCGGUGUGUGCGUGGCGACUGGCGACCCGCACUAUGUGACAUUCGACGGCCGCUGUUACUCUUUCCUGGGCGACUGCCAGUAUGUGCUGGCGAUGGAGACCAGCGGUUUAUUCAGUGUCAUGGCGGAGAACGUGCCCUGUGGGAGUACUGGGGUCACUUGUACAAAGUCGGUCACCCUCAGCCUGGGGAAUACCAUCGUGCAUCUGCUGAGAGGUAAAGCCGUGACAGUAAAUGGGAUGCCAGUUAGUCUACCCAAGUCCUACAGUGGCAGUGGUCUGACUUUGGAAAGAGUUGGCCUUUUUGUAUCCCUUUCCUCCCGACUUGGGGUCACUCUGCUAUGGGAUGGAGGUAUGCGUGUAUAUGUGCGUCUGGCUGCCCACCUGCAGGGUCGGGUCGGGGGCCUGUGUGGUAACUUUGAUGGGGACACAGAGAAUGACUUUACUACACGGCAAGGCAUUGUGGAAUCUGCAGUCGAGCUGUUUGGAAACUCCUGGAAGGUCAGCCCCUCCUGCCCUGACGUGGCAGACCAGGACCUCCGAGACCCCUGUGCUCUGAACCCCCACAGGGUGACCUGGGCCAGGAAAAGGUGUGCAGUCCUAACUCAGGAACUCUUCUCUCUGUGCCACUCUGAGGUGCCAUUCCAGCAGUAUUACGACUGGUGUGUCUUUGAUGCUUGUGGCUGUGACUCAGGUGGGGACUGUGAGUGUCUCUGUACAGCCAUUGCUGCCUAUGCUGAAGACUGCAACCGCCGAGGGGUCUACAUCCGCUGGAGGUCCCAGGAGCUCUGUCCUUUACAGUGUGAAAAUGGGCUGGUAUAUGAUCCCUGUGGUCCAGCUUGCGCUCCCUCAUGUCCCAGUGUUCAGCAGAGUCCACACACCCAGUGUGGCGCUCUCUCCUGUGUGGAGGGCUGCUUCUGCCCUGCCGGCACAGUCCGACACGGGGAAAGCUGUAUAGUUCCCAGUCAGUGUCCAUGUGAGUGGGAGGACUCCAUGUUUCCCCCUGGAACUACCAUUACCCAACUCUGUCAGAACUGUUCCUGUGAGCAUGGCGUGUGGCAGUGCGACGGUGUGGCAUGCCCUCCUCCCUCCCCUCCAUGUCUGGACUCAGAGUUUACCUGUGCUUGGGGGCGCUGCAUCCCCUCUCAGUGGGUGUGUGACAACGAGGAUGACUGUGGCGAUGGUUCAGAUGAGAUCUGCCCAUCUACCUGUUCUGUAGACCAAUUCCACUGUACCAGCACACCAAGUGGACCAUGUUUGAACCUGGCUCUACGUUGUGAUGGCCACCCAGACUGUGCUGACCAGUCAGAUGAGGAAUUCUGUGGACCUACCACCCCCGUGCUCCUCUGCCCACCAGGGGAGUUCAAGUGUGCCAGUGGAAAGUGCUUGCCAGCCAGCCAUGUCUGUGAUGGAAGGCUGGACUGCGGUUUUGCAGAUGUAUCUGAUGAACAAGACUGUGGUGUGGUGUGUGACGAAGGGGAAUUCCUGUGUGCUGGAGGACAUUGCAUUCCGUACCUUCGCCGCUGUGAUGGACAUGAUGACUGUGGGGACCUCAGUGAUGAAAGGGGGUGUGUGUGUGCACCAGGGGAGUUUCAGUGUCCGAGGGACCAGUGUGUGCCUGCAAACAGAGUGUGUGACGGACGCAAAGACUGCCCCUCUGGAAAAGACGAAGCUGUCUGUCCAAGUAAAGCAUGUAGGUCCAAUGAGUUCAGCUGUGCCACUGGUGGGCAGUGUGUACCUCAGGCCUGGCGUUGUGAUGGGGAAACCGACUGUAUGGAUGGUAGUGAUGAGGAGCAGUGCACCGCCCCCUGUGGCCCUGGCCAGGUGCUUUGCCUCAGUGGGGACCAGUGCGUGGACUAUCAGCAGCUCUGUGAUGGGACCCCACACUGCAAGGAUGCCUCGGAUGAGAGUAUCAACAACUGUGGCUCUACUAGGAUACCUCCCUGUCCAGGCAGCUUCCCAUGUGACAAUCGCACCUGUGUAAACAUGUCACAAGUGUGCAAUGGUGUUCCAGACUGUCCACGGGGCGAUGAUGAGUUUGUGUGUGAUAAAACUGUCUCACCCUUGGCCCCUGGCAGUAGGAACACUACUGUCACCUGCCCUGAAUUCACCUGUAUGGAUGGAUCCUGUGUCCCCUUUAAUGUCGUGUGUAACGGUGUGGUAGACUGCCCAGAAUCUUUACCAGCACCACUUGGAGGCCUCACUGAUGAGCAGGGCUGUAGAAGCUGGAGCUCCUGGGGUCCAUGGAGCCACUGCAGCACUUCCUGUGGUACAGGCUCUAUGACCCGGCAGAGAACGUGCCCUCAAGGAGACCCACUGCGCCACUGUAGGGGGCAGGACUUCCAGAAACAGCAAUGCUUUAACAUAACCUGUCCUGUGGAUGGUCGGUGGCUGCCGUGGGGGAGCUGGUCGAACUGUUCCAGUAGUUGUGGUGGAGUGCAGGUCAGACACAGGGGAUGCAUCAGUCCUCGCUACGGAGGCCGAGACUGUUCCCAACUCCCUGGACCAUCCAACCUAGCCAUGGAAAUUAAGGCUUGUCCUGAUGAUGGAUGUGUCAAUACCAGCUGUCCCACUGGGCUGGUGAGACACAGCUGUGCUCCCUGCCCGAUGUCCUGUGCCCACAUCAGCAGUGGGACAUCCUGUGAUCCCACAGCACCUUGCUCCUCAGGUUGUUGGUGUCCGGAGGGCCAAGUGAUGAGCUACAUGCAACAGUGUGUGUUACCAGAGGACUGUAUGUGUGAGGUGGCAGGUGUGCGCUACUGGCCGGGCCAGCAGAUGAAGGUGGACUGUGAAAUUUGUGUUUGUGAGAGGGGAAGGCCUCAGAGAUGUCAGCCUAACCCAGACUGUUCAGUACACUGUGGCUGGUCGUCAUGGUCCGAGUGGGGCGAUUGCUUGGGGCCCUGUGGUGUUCAGAGUGUCCAGUGGUCAUUCCGCAGCCCAAACAACCCCACCAAGCAUGGAGACGGCAGAACGUGCAGAGGAAUUUACAGGAAAGCCCGUCGGUGCCAGACAGACCCCUGUAAUGAGUGUGAGUACCAGGGUCAGUCCCAUGCUGUGGGAGACAGAUGGAGGUCAGACCACUGCCAGUUAUGUCACUGUCAGUCCAACCUUACAGUGCAGUGUUUCCCCUACUGUCCAUACGCUGUCAGUGGAUGCCCACAGGGCCAAAGUCUGGAACCUGGAGAGGGAGACAGGUGCUGUUACUGCAAAGGAGGAAAUGACACGAUUCUUGUGACAAUUAGCCCUGUAACUGUGACCUCCAAGCCAGCAGAGGGCACUACACCUCUGGUUCCCACAUAUCCACUUGAUCCUCGAGAUGAGUGUUGGGCUCCUCUGGGCAUUCAGUCUCUUCCGGCCUCCAGUUUCAGUGCUUCCUCACACCAGACUGGUCAUCCCCCAGAAGCAGGUCGCCUUCAUGGGUGGGACCCGCAUAAGGACCUCCAGGGCUGGAGUCCAGAACCUGAGGAGUACAAGGAUCUACCACAGCGGAGUCCUGAGGGACACAGUAGCAACACACAAAGCCCCUACCUACAGAUAGACCUGCUGAAACCAUACAACAUCACUGGUUUGCUAACCCAGGGCGGUGGUGUGUUUGGCACCUUCACAUCCAGCUUCUACCUCCAGUUCAGCCAGGAUGGUAGACAGUGGUUCACUUAUAAAGAGCUUGUCACUGAUGCCCGACCCAGAGCCAAGGUUUUUCAGGGUAACCAUGAUGAUCAAGGGGUGGCAGAGACCCGACUGGACAGGAUGGUGUUGGCUCAGUUUGUCCGGGUAUUGCCACACGACUUCCAGAAUGGCAUCUACCUUCGUCUUGAGAUCAUGGGCUGUGGAGAUGGUUACCACUGGUUGUCUACCCCCACUCCCCCCUCCCCUGUCUCCCCAGUGGGUGACUGUAGAGAGAAGGAGUUCCAGUGUGAAAAUGGUCGCUGUGUGCCAGCAGGUCCACUGGGAGUUGUCUGUGAUGGAGUCAAUGACUGCGGAGAUGGAUCAGAUGAGAUGUACUGUGGUACGCAGCCGUCUCCUACAGCCACCAGUCCACGCAGCUGCCCUGCUGGUCAGUUUUCCUGCCCCUCAACAGGGGGCUGCAUUGAGGCAGGGCAGCGUUGUGAUGGGACCCCCAACUGUCCCAAAGGAGAGGAUGAAACCGGUUGCCAUCCCCACGGCAACUUCACUACCCAGUCAGACAGACCAUACACACCCACCCCUGCUCCUCUAAGGACUCCAUCCAUGGCUGCUGUCACUCAUCCUGCAGUAACACCAAUGGAUGGGGGACCAGGUUAUCGUGGCAUCUGCUCCUCUUCCCUUGGACUGGAGGAUGGGAGAAUUCGCUAUGGUCAGCUGACCUCAUCCUCACAUCAUGAGAACAACCCUGCUGAUGCUGGACGCCUAAACAUCGCCCCUAAUGUUCAGGUUAUGGAGCCUGGAUGGAGCCCAUUGCCUACAGAUCCUCAUCCAUAUUUUCAGGUAGACUUCCUGGAGCCCACAUGGGUAUCAGGGGUGGUGACCCAGGGCAGUGAACGCAUGUGGGGUUACCUCACUAAAUACCGCCUGGCAUUUGCCCUGCACAGCAGUCUCUUCACAGACUACACUGAGAAUGGGAAGCCUGGUGGCCCUGCUAAGGUGUUUGAGGUGCGGAUGGUGGGAAGGACCCCUGUGACCUGCUGGCUCAGUCGGCUGGUCAGAGCUCGCUACCUGCGUAUCAUCCCUGUGGAGUUCAGACACACUUUCUACCUGCGUGUGGAGAUUAUGGGCUGCAGAGGAGAUGAGCUGGUGACCCCCAGCAGUGUGACCACGUCUCCCUCUGGUGGUGGCAAAGUGACUGUGCAGAGCUGUAAGCCAGGCCAGUUUGCGUGCGGGCAUGGUGAAGAAUGCAUCUCUGUCUCUGUUCUUUGUGAUGGUCGACCGGACUGCAAUGACCACUCUGAUGAGAUCAACUGUGGUACGGCUCCAACUAGAGGCUUUCCGGGGCUGCACAACCAGACAGGCUCAACAGGGAGACCAGGUUUCCGUGGCGACAGUACAACAGGUGCCCCUGGCCUCCAUAUCACCAGUUCCCACGGUGGCCUUCCUGGUGUACCUAGCCCAGGGGUCACAGGUCAACCUGGACUUCAGAAGACUACAAGCUCAAGUACAGGCGUUUGGAUCACUACAACCCCUCAUGAUGGUGGCCUACCCAGAGUGCUUUGUGUGGAGGGGCAGUUUGCAUGCCAGUCAUUCGGCUGUGUUGACUCGGCGCAGGUGUGUGACGGCAGACAGGACUGUUUGGACGGAUCAGAUGAAGAACGCUGUGGCACCACAGUCACACCAGAGGUGACUCCACCGGCCCCCCCGGUGUCCGGCCCCUGCUCUACUAAGCAAUUCUCUUGCGGCAGUGGGGAGUGUGUUCACCUGGACCGCAGAUGUGACCUGCAGAAGGACUGUGUGGAUGGAUCAGAUGAGAAAGACUGUGUGGACUGCAUCAUGUCCCCAUGGACAGCGUGGAGUGCGUGCAGUGUGACCUGUGGUCUGGGUUCCUUGUUCCGGCAGAGGGAUAUUUUGAGGGAAGCUCUGCCGGGAGGGGCCUGUGGUGGAGCUCAGUUUGACAGUCGAGCAUGUUUCCCCCAAGCAUGCCCAGUUGAUGGUCAGUGGUCAUUGUGGACAGAGUGGUCGGAGUGUGACGCUCAGUGUGGAGGUGGUGUCAGGCAGAGGAAGAGAACAUGCUCUACUCCUCCUCCCAAGAAUGGUGGGCGGGACUGCGAGGGCAUGACCCUGCAGAGCCAGAGCUGCAACAGCCAGCCCUGCACUAAAGACAUCAGCACACAGACAGGCUGUGUGAACAGCAUGGUGCUGGUGACUGAAGCAGACUGCCAGGCUGGGAGGGUAGAGCCCUGUCCUGCGACGUGCUCACAUCUCAGCUUGACCAGCAAUUGCACUGCAGCAUGUAUACCAGGGUGUCGCUGUCCUGAUGGUCUGUACCUUCAGGGUGGGCGAUGUGUGAAUGCCAGCCAAUGUGUCUGUCUGUGGGACGGUCAAACACUGCAGCCAGGACAGACGGUCAGCAGGGACCACUGUACCACGUGUUUGUGCAGAGAUGGACAAAUAACUUGUGACACCUCCAGUUGUGUGGGGACCUGUCAUUGGUCAACCUGGUCGUCAUGGUCACCAUGUGAUGUAACCUGUGGUCUGGGGCUACAGCAACGCUUCAGGUCUCCAUUGAACCCAUCUGGAGCAGUCGGAGUCCAGUCUUGUCAAGGAGACAUCUCGGAGGCCCGCAGCUGCUCCAGCCCCUGCUUCCCUGUCCUACCAGAUGGAGUCUGGAGUAAAUGGACCAGCUGGUCAGAGUGCAGUAAGACAUGUUUCAACCAUGUAGAUGAUGUUGGAAUCAGACGACGAUUCCGCAGCUGCAACCCCACACUCACACCCUUGAACUACACACACAUGAACUCUGCCUGCGAUGGAGACAGCGAGGAAAAGGAGCCUUGUAACGCUUUACAUUGUCCAGUGAAUGGUGGCUGGUCAGUAUGGUCAGAGUGGUCUCAGUGUUCAUCAGAGUGUGACUCUGGUGUCCAAACAAGAGAGCGAUUCUGCAGUUCACCCUCACCACAGCAUGGGGGCAGCAGCUGUCCCGGGCCACACGUACAGACGAGAGACUGCAACUCCCACCCCUGCUCAGGUGUGUGUCCAGAGGGCAUGGUGCACAUGACAGUUGCAGAGUGUGAGGCUCAGGGUGGCGCAUGUCCGCGGAUGUGUUUGGACAUGACGUCCACAGAGGUGCAAUGUGCCACUGGCUGUUAUGAUGGCUGCUACUGCGCCCUGGGCUUCUACCUGCUCAAUGGCAGCUGUGUACCUCUGGCACAGUGCCCGUGUUACCACCAGGGGAAACUGUACCCACCCGGUGCCGCCCUGUCUGUUGAACCCUGCACUAACUGUACCUGCACUAAUGGAGAAAUGAAGUGCGAAACAGCUCCCUGCCCUGUGGACUGUGGCUGGAGCAGAUGGACCCAGUGGAGCUCUUGCAGUCGAACAUGCGAUGUUGGUGUGAGAAGGCGGUAUCGUUCGGGAACGAGUCCUCCUCCAGCUUUCGGGGGUCGUCCCUGCCAAGGAGACAGAGUUGGGAUCGAUACCUGCAGCAUUGAACCCUGCUUUGGUGUAAAGGAACCAUGGAGUGCGUGGUCACAGUGCUCAGUGACGUGUGGAGGAGGUUACAGGACCCGAACCCGCGGGCCCAUCCAAAUACAUGGCACCGCUCAGCAGUUCAGUGCCUGUAACCUGCAGCCCUGUGGAGAUGGCAGGAUGUGUCCUCCAGGCCAGGAGUGGAAGCAGUGUGUGAUGGGAGCAGUGUCAUGUACAGAUCUCACAAUGGACGUUAGCAGGAACUGCACACCAGGCUGUCAGUGUCCACGUGGGACUGUCCAACAAGAUGGUGUGUGUGUGCGGGAGUCUGACUGUCGCUGUGAUGUGGAUGGAGAGCAGUACAAACCAGGAGACACUGUGCCAACAGACUGUAACAACUGUACAUGUAACGCAGGGAGGCUGGUUAACUGCUCUCAAGUCAGCUGCAAUGUUGAUGGCCAGUGGUCAGUGUGGACUCCCUGGGGUCAGUGUUCAGUGUCGUGUGGAGCAGGUCUCCAGUCUCGGUACCGGUUCUGUUCCAGUCCUCAGCGCUCUGGCAGUGGCCUGCCAUGUCUGGGCCAUCACAGAGACGACCAAGUAUGCUUCACCACUCCAUGUGACCGUGACGGUGGCUGGGGUCAGUGGAGUAACUGGACGGACUGUACCAAGUCGUGUGGUGGGGGAGUUCGAAGCCGGAGGAGAGAGUGUGACAGUCCCAGUCCAGAGGGGGAGGGGAGCUACUGUGAGGGGCUGGGAACUGAGGCCAUAGCCUGUAACACUAACCACUGUCCAGUGGCGCCAUGCUCUCAGGUCCCAGGCACAGUGUUCAGUAGCUGUGGUCCCUCCUGCCCUCGCUCCUGUGAGGACCUGGCUCACUGCGAGUGGCAAUGUGAGCCGGGGUGCUACUGUACAGAGGGAAAGGUCCUGUCCGCUAACGGGACAGUCUGUGUGGACAGAGAAGACUGUCCCUGCCUAGAUCUCAGCACUGGACGCAGGCUGGAACCAGGGGAGACCACUGAAGCCCCUGAUAGAUGUAACACCUGUACAUGUGAGGGUGGGAGGCUGAACUGCACCGGAAUGCCAUGUCCUGUGUCAGGUGGCUGGUGUGAGUGGUCAGAGUGGACUCCGUGCUCCAGAACCUGUGGGGCAGAGUCUGUGUCCCGCUACAGGAGCUGUGGCUGUCCUGAGCCCAAGGCUGGAGGAGAGGCCUGCUCUGGAGAACAGGAAUUCCACAAUGGGGUCGGAGUUCAAAUCCAGAGACAGCCCUGCACUGUCAUCACCUUCUGUCCAGUCCAUGGUUUGUGGAGUCCGUGGUCUGCUUGGUCGCAGUGUGAUGGGUGCGCUGGGUCGUCUACCCGCAGCAGGGAGUGUAAUAGUCCUCCAACCAAGUUUGGUGGCCUGCCCUGUCUUGGAGAGGGCAGGCAAAGGCGUGGUUGCCAUGACAACAUCACCGUCUGCUCAGACUGUGGUGGAGGCCAGGAAGAAUGGCCUUGUGGGAAGCCCUGUCCUCGUUCAUGUUCGGAUCUCCAUGGUGACACAGAGUGCAUGGACUUUGCUGGGUGCAGACAGACCUGCGGAUGUCCGGGAGACAUGGUUCUGCAAGAUGGAGUGUGUGUGGCCAGGGAGGAGUGUCGCUGCAAAUACCACAACAGCUCUGCUACUGAAAUGACAUUCAGCAGGCCAGAUUCCAGUAAUGCAUCAUGGUCAUGGGUUGGUGGAUCUGAUUGGCAGUUGGCAAAUCCAGGAGACACCAUCAUCAGUGACUGCAAAAACUGUUCAUGCGAGGCUGGGGUUCUGCAGUGUCAAUCAGUCCCAGGUUGUCAUGUUGACGGUGGCUGGAGCCAAUGGGGGGCCUGGACUGAGUGCUCCUUUUCUUGUGGAGGAGGAGUCAAGUUCAGGAGACGCCAGUGUGAUAACCCGUCCCCUCAGAGUGGUGGGAGAGGCUGCCUGGGAGUCGCUGAACAGCAGAAAGACUGCAACGUACACCCGUGUACAGACUCUUUGGGCCCGUGGUUACCCUGGACUCAGUGGUCUAUGUGUUCGGUCAGCUGUGGUGGAGGACAGCAGUCCCGCUCUCGUCUCUGCAGUUCUUCAUCCUGCAGUGGCCUCAGCCGCCAGAGCAAGACCUGCAACACCCAGGUCUGCCUUGAGGUGGGCUGCCCUCCUGGUAGGUUGUACAGGGAGUGUGAACGAGGUGACGGCUGUCCGUUUAGCUGCACUCAGGUCAGUGGCAGGGAGGGCUGCUACUCUGAUGGCUGUGAGGAAGGCUGCCACUGCCCCCCACACACCUACCAACACCACGGAGUCUGCCUGCAGGAGUGUCCGUGUCUGGUGGACAAAGAGUUUCUGGCCUCUCUGCAGAGUGUUUCUGUCACACUGCUCUCAUCUCUGCUCCGCCAUAACAUCUCUGAGGGAGAGGAAGUACAAUCUGGAGACAGACUGGUCCAUGACUGCAGCACCUGUGGCUGUGAACAUGGCAGGUGGAACUGUUCCUUGCAGCAUUGCCCAGUCGAUGGAGGUCUGUCGCCCUGGGGCUCCUGGAGCCCCUGCUCACUGUCCUGUGGAGGUCUGGGACUGAAGACUCGCACCAGGAGCUGCACACAGCCUGCCCGGAGCCACGGAGGGAGAGAUUGCCAGGGGCCACGCCAGGAAACUACGUACUGCCAGGCCCCUGAAUGCCAAGGUACAGGGGCUAGUUUAGGUAGUGUAGGUAUGGUAUGUAAUGGUGUGUUUAGGGAUGGAGCAAACAAAUGUGUGUGCCAAGGAGCAGUGUUCAACUGUACCUCUGAGCUAUGUGAUGUGGACUGUGAGUGGUCCAGCUGGUCCCAGUGGGGUCCGUGCUCAGCAAGCUGUGGUACGGGGCGACAGAGCUCCACCAGAAUCAUCCAGCAGCCCAGCCAGUACGGAGGAGCCCCUUGUGUGGGCCCCGACCACCGCACCACAACCUGCAUGGCCCCUGACUGUGCGUGUCCUGUCGGGGAGCAGUGGAGGAGGAGCAUGUCAGAGGAGGUCCUGCUGUGUGAGAGGAGCUGCCAAGACAUUUACUCCUCUCCCUUCAACUGCAGCAACUCCGCUGAGGGCUGUGUGUGUCAAGAGGGGUUUUACAGAAAUAUGGGAGGGAUGUGUGUCAUCCCCGCCCUCUGCCCUUGCCAUGACCAGGGCAUCCUGCGGGAGGCAGGAUCAGAGUGGGAGGAGGGCUGCCUUUCAUGUCGCUGUGUUAACGGGAGAAAAUGGUGCCAGUUAAGAUGUCCACCGCUCCACUGUGAUGAGGGAGAGGCCAAGGUGGAGGAACCAGGGAGCUGCUGUCCAGUCUGUAGAAAACAGUUCCCAGGCGAGCCCGUGCCAGAGUGUCGUCGCUAUGUGCAGAUCAGGAACAUCACCAAGGGAGACUGUCGGCUUGACAACGUGGAGAUCAGCUUCUGCAGGGGACGCUGUCUGUCCAGGACUGAUGUCAUCCUGGAGGAGCCAUACCUCCGCUCAGUUUGCGAGUGCUGUAGUUACCGAUUAAACCCUGACAACCCAGUCCGUUUCCUCAACCUGCAAUGUGAGAGUGGAGAGAGUGAGCCAGUCGUUCUGCCCGUCAUAAACAGCUGCGAAUGCACCAGCUGCCAAGGAGGUGACCUGUCCAGACGCUGAGCAAGUAUGUUGAGUGUGUGUGUGUGUGUGUGUGUGUGUGUGUGUGUGUGUGUGUGUGUGUCUGUGUCUGAGUGUGAGAGAGAGAUAGUGUGAGUGUGUACACACACUGGAGAGAUCAAGAGCAGGAUGAGUAUGAACACCAAGCCAAAUGAGAGUGCCACAGUGAUGGAUCAUCAUUUUGCAUGGAUGGAAGAUACCCUGUUGAUUUACACAUCGCUCUGUAGUCCUUAGUCAUCAUAUGACUGGAUGCCACUAUUGCUCAUAGAGUCCUGUUCUGAAACUUUGUUUAUUCUUCAGCCUGUACAGCCUGUUUUCUACUGUAUAUGUAUAGUAAUAUUAAGGGACAUAUGAUUCAAUCCAAGUAAGACCUAUUAUACAUUAAAAAAUGUUUCAUUUAUAUGCUUUAAGAAAAUGUCUGUGUACCAGCAGUCUUCUGUAAGUUGGAGUUUACUGUAACUGGGUAGAUAUUCUUACAUGUUGCAGUUUACAGUACAGUUCUAAUGGACUGAUCAAUAAACAUUUUCUACACAAGGAGAA